AUACACAGGCUGCUGGCUAUGGAGAGAGAACUAAUUCUAGAAGUUACAAGUGAUUACAUCUCUGCUGAGCUGGAAAACACACCAUGAUCUGGAGAAUGACUUCUUGCCUGGUCCUAUUCACUCUCUGCUUGCUACAUCAUGUAACUUCACAAAGAUGCCCGGCACAGUGUGGACAUUGCCCUGACGAAGUCCCUAGAUGUGCUCCAUCUGUACCACUUGUGCUGGAUGGUUGCGCCUGCUGCCCAGUAUGUGCCCGCCAACAAGGAGAAAGCUGCUCGGAAGUGCAUCCCUGCCAAGAAGACAAAGGUCUAUACUGCGACUUCAGUGCAGACCUCAGUGCCGAAUCAGGCAUUUGCAUGGCACUAGAAGGCAACAACUGUGUUUUUGAUGGAGUUCUAUACCGGAAUGGUGAAUCGUUCCAACCGAGUUGCAAGUACCACUGUUCCUGCCAAGAUGGACAGAUUGGCUGUGUUCCUCGGUGCAACCUCGACCUUUUGCUUCCAGGCCCAGACUGCCCAUUCCCAAGAAAAAUCAAACUUCCUGGAGAUUGCUGUGAAAAGUGGGUUUGUGAUUCUAAAGAAGAGGUUGAGAUUGGAGGCUACGCAAUGGCUGCAUAUAGACCAGAGGCUACGCUUGGAAUCGAUCCUUCUGAUGCGAGUUACAACUGUAUUGAGCAAACAACUGAAUGGAGCGCCUGCUCUAAAACAUGUGGAAUGGGCCACUCAUCGAGGGUGACGAACCGCAACCGACGCUGUGAGAUGCAGAAACAGGUCCGUCUGUGUAUGGUACGACCCUGUGAAAAAGAGACAGAAAAACCCAUGGAAAAGAAAGGGAAAAAAUGUCUGCGACUGAAAAAGUCAGUAAAAGCCAUCCAUCUGGAAUACAAAAACUGCACCAGUAUCCAAGCAUACAAGCCUAAAUUCUGUGGGAUUUGCAAAGAUGGUCGAUGCUGUACCCCCCAUAGUACCAAAACCACUCAAGUAGAAUUUCAGUGUCCUAACAAGAAAGUCUUCAAGAAACCAGUCAUGGUCAUCCAUACUUGCGUUUGUCAUCACAAUUGUCCCCAGGACACAAGCCUUCUUCAAAUAGAUAAUGCAAUGUUCCCAGGACUGAAAAUAUAACAGAUUUAUAUAUUGAUUAUCUCAAUCACUGUUUAGAUUCUUCAGUAUCAGAAGAGUUUUAUAUUCUUAACACGACUUCCUACUUCUAGUGUUAUGGUAGGGAGAUCUGUGGAGUUAGUACAUCCUUAGAGUAUAUAUAGAGUCUAUAGAGUGCUUAAGGAUCUUGAACAAAUUAGCCAUUGGCAAUUACUGACAGUCGACUUAUUUUUGUUGAUUUCCUUAGGUGAAAUAUUCUUGAAAUCAGCAAGAUAAUUUAGCCCAUGGUCUGUUUUAAAUUGAUUUGUAAAAUUGUAUAUAAAGUAAUUUAUAGUUUAAGGGUGAAAAAUCUAUUACUAUAAUAUAUUUUUCAAGGGACAGUCUUAGCACCAAAAUAAUUUCAACAAGUAAUGUUGGGUUAUAAAUCAUUACAACACGCAAUUUUGGGGUUUAGAUCCCAACCUUGAAUAGAUCCCGACCUUAAAUAGCACAGUUUACGUGUGACGGUUUCCACUUCUACUAGUGGCUGUUAUUAAUUCAUACAGCCAUUAGGGGCGUCAGACUUUAUUAGAUUCCGUUAUUGAAUCUAUAUCAUGACGCCUGAGGCUGAGUGAGUCCAAUGCUUCUCUGUGAGAAGUACCGGACCGGUGGAUCUGCUUGCACAGUGUGUCCUCAUUUUUCUUUUGCCUGUCUUGGCACUGGAUAAAAUGGUAAGUGUAAUUGUGUAUUUUUAAUGAUUAGGAAAAGGAUAGAGCUGUGUUGUAAAUCAUAGUAACACGUCUAAUAACAAAUAUUAGUGUUUCUUUAAGGUGUGUGUGUGUGUGUGUGUGUGUGUGUAUAUAUAAUUGUGUGAUGUCUUGUGUGAAUUUUUACUACACCAGCCCCUGUCUCUAUCAUAGAUUAGGAUUUAAGAUUCCAAGACUUACACUACUAGCCAAGCUUUAAAACUUACUUGCCACUGUACACCUGGAGGUUACAUGGCAGACUCAUCGGGGGGAAUUUCUUGUCUCCAGGGCAGAAUUCUUACUGCUUUUUUUUAUAAAUGAUUUACAAACAAAAAUGUAUUUUCUUUACACCUGCUGUAAAACACACUUUUGUGCCGAGCCUUCUAUAAGGGGUGUGUUUCUGGGAUAUAACAAAUCACAGAAUCUAAAGCAAGUCUGACAAUCAGAUAACAAAGACUCUCUAGAAAAUGGACUUUGUUUUUUUUUUUUUUGCUCACCUGUGGUGCCUAUACACAAUAUGCAGAGGUAAAUUAUAAGAAAUACGUUUCCAUGAUUUGUAUAUGAUCUGUGAUUCUGCAAAAUAAUAUGAGAUGUUACACUGCCAACAGGUUAUGAUUGUAUAUG